AUGACUGACUCCAAGAAGCGAACAUACAACCUUCCUUCAGACGCCGUGUGGUUCAUAACCGGCUGCUCUUCGGGCAUCGGUAAAUCUCUCGCUCAACUUGUCGUUUCCAAAGGCCAACGGGUCGUCGCCACGGCGCGCAAGGUUGCCGAUCUCGCCUACCUGCCAGACAGCAACAGCCACGUGCUGAAGCUUAGCGUUGACGUCAGCUUGCGCCAGUCCAUUGACAACGCCGUUGCCGCUGCUAUCGCCCAUUUCGGCCGUCUCGACGUGGUGGUCAACAACGCGGGCUACUCCCUGCGCGGCGACACGGAAAACGCAACCGAGGAUGCGGCGCGGCAUCUCGUUGACACCAUGUUCUGGGGCACCGUCUACUUGACCCGGCACGCGAUGCGCAUUAUGCGCGAGGUCAACCCGCAAACGGGGCAGCAGGGCGGCGUGGUCCUCAACGUCUCGUCCAUGGGCGGGCGGGCGGCGUUUCCGGGCAACGCCUUCUAUCACGCUGCGAAGUUCGCUAUCGAGGGCUUCACCGAGUCGGUGUCAAAGGAG